AAAUGGUCGCAGAAUGAUGACGCAAUCGAUAACUGACGGGAUCUUUUUUCUAUUGUGUUUACUAGGAAUCUAAACCAGUCGGCAGAGUUAGGGAAGUUUUCUCAGCUUUCCUGCAGUAAAAACAGCAAAAUGGAGUUUUAUCGGAGUUUAAUGUAAAGCUGUCUGGAGUUUAUUAAAGAUAAUUAACAUGAAUAAAGGGUGGCUGGAGCUGGAGAGCGACCCCGGUCUCUUCACACUGCUGGUGGAGGAUUUUGGUGUGAAGGGUGUUCAGGUGGAGGAGAUCUACGACCUGCAGAGUAAAUGCCAGAGUCCUGUGUACGGCUUCAUCUUCCUGUUUAAAUGGAUCGAGGAGCGACGCUCCAGGAGGAAAGUGUCUACGCUGGUGGACGAGACUUCGGUUAUCGAUGACGACAUCGUCAACGACAUGUUUUUUGCUCACCAAUUGAUCCCAAACUCGUGUGCAACUCAUGCCUUACUGAGCGUGCUCCUGAACUGCAGUGGGGUGGAAUUGGGCAGCACACUAAGCCGCAUGAAGGCCUUCACCAAGGGGUUCAGUCCAGAGAGUAAAGGCUAUGCCAUCGGGAAUGCUCCAGAAUUAGCGAAGGCACACAACAGUCACGCCAGGCCCGAGCCACGACACCUGCCGGAGAAACAGAACGGGAUCAGCGCUGUGAGGACGAUGGAGGCUUUUCAUUUCGUCAGCUACGUCCCCAUUAAAGACCGACUGUUUGAGCUGGAUGGCCUCAAAGCUUACCCCAUAGACCACGGUCCAUGGGGAGAAGAGGAGGAGUGGACAGACAAAGCUCGGAGGGUCAUUAUGGAGAGAAUCGGUCUGGCGACUGCAGGUGAGCCGUACCACGACAUCCGCUUCAACCUGAUGGCUGUGGUUCCUGACCGCAGGGUGAAGUACGAAUCCAGGCUCGAGGUGCUCAAACACAACCGGCAGGUCGUACUGGAAGGACUGCAGCAGGCGAUCAAGGCGUCCCAGACAGACACGACUCAGGAACGCAAGCAGCAGGACUCCUCCUCAGAGGACACGCCCCCAGCUGUCAAAAAGGAGGAGGGGUCAGAGACACAGACAGCUCCAGCUCUGCCCACAGAUGUAGCGAGUGCUCCUGCAGUGUCCAGCUCCUCGGAGAAACCCAAAGCCACAGUCAAGCCCCAGACUUUGCCUCCAGGGGGCAACACCACCACCCCCAACACCAUUGUUCAGCGCCUGCCUGCCUUCCUGGACAACCACAAUUAUGCAAAGUCCCCCAUGCAGGAGGAGGAGGACCUGGCUGCAGGAGUGGCUCGUGCUCGUGUUCCUGGUCCUCCUCAGGCCUCAUACUCUGAUGAUGAGGAUGACUUUGACGAUGAAGAGGAGGACAGGUAUGGAGAGGGAGAGAGAGAGUCAGAGAGAGAGAGACAGAAAGAGAGAGAGAGCAAGAGAGAGUUCCGCAAAAAGGCCGGUGUCCGUGGACGGGGCGUGGCGCGGAGUUGCGGUGGGGGCGGAGUCUCAGGCGUGGAGGGUCAGCUGGCUUUGAGCAUGCUCGCCGACCGACUCAAAAAAGAGGCCCAGAGAAAGGACCCCAUGCCGACGACGCCCACACCUGGCUCCUCCGCCCUGAACGUACGCACAGAGGGCAGAACCGGGGGCAUCAGCAUCACUCCCGCAUGCCAGCCCUCGCCCACGCCCAGCAACGAGAGCACAGACACAGCCUCUGAGAUUGGCAGCGCCUUCAACUCGCCGCUGAGAUCUCCUGCACGCUCGCAGGCUGCCACUCGACCCUCCAGCCCCGUGGCCUGCCACCUGAGCCGCGUCCUGUUCGGAGACGAUGACGUCCUGCUGAGACUGGACACUCGACACAACCGCGCCGUCCGAGAGCUCGGAGCCCUGAUCAGCGCCACACAGCUCCAGCUCAGAGAGGAUGGAACCAUCUACACACUGCCAAGUACCGAGGCAGUGUGUGAUGUUGUGAAGAAGGCCGUUGUGGUGGACAGUCUGGAGGCGAGCGAGAGCACAGAGGGAGGAGGUACGGAUGGAGGGAAAGGAGCAGCAUCUCGGGAGCUGAAACAGGAAAAGGAGCUCACAGAGAUGAGCAAGGACAAGCCGAGCGCAGAGACGGCGAACUUCGCCGAGCCCGAGGCGCUACCCAAACCUCUCGGGGAGAAAUACACUCCUAAAGAGUUGUUGGCUCUGCUGAAGUGUGUGGAGGCUGAUAUCGCCAACUACGAGGUGUAUCUGAAGGAGGAGGUGGAGAAACGGAAGAAAUACAAGAUCGAUGACCAGAGGAGGACCCAUAACUAUGACGAGUUCAUCUGCACCUUUAUUUCCAUGCUGGCACAAGAAGGUAUGCUGGCGAGUCUGGUGGAGCAGAACAUUUCCGUGCGCAGGCGGCAGGGUGUGAGCAUCGGCCGCCUCCACAAACAACGCAAGCCGGACCGAAGAAAGCGAUCACGGCCGUACAAAGCCAAGCGGCAGUGAACGCAUCCUAGAACACCGGCACUGCUCAAUUCUCUGAGAAAAGGUGCUGAAAAGCUCUCUAACUUGUAAAGUCAAGACCUAGUGAACAAAUCAGUACAUCUAGGAGCUUCGAACGCAGCUUAGCUCAAACGCAUCUGUUUAACCCGGCUAGUCGUUUUACGUCAGAAGGCUAGCGCUAGUGAAUGUAUACAGAUUUGUCAGAUAGUGAAAUAUACUACAACUACUGCUCAAGAUGAGUAUUAACGAGCAUCCUGUGACGUAGUGUGUGUGUGUGUGUGUGUGUGUGUGUGUGUGUGUGUGUGUGUGUGUGUGUGUGUGAGCGAACAAGCCGAGAUGUGGUGAACAUACACACUUCUACAUAUACAGGCGAGUGCUAGUGAACAUACUUGAAUUUAUUCCCGGUCCUCUUGUGAACACAUUUGUACAUCUCUAGCUGUUGUAAGUGAACACACCCCCACAUUUACACAAGCCAAGAUGAGGUGAACACACACACUUCACUUAUCAAGACUAGUGCUUGUGGACUGAUGUGGAUUAUGAAGCUCACGUGAACACACCCUGGUUUAUAAUGUUUAACACCUCUAAGCAGCCCAAAGUGCUCUAGUGCUAGUGAACGCACCUCGGGCGGCCGACAGAACCUGUUCAUCACUGACUAAAGAGCACGCGCAGAAAAAUCCAAACGGUCGUCCUGGAGGUUACGGACCGCUCGGAUGUCCUGGAUGUUUCUUAUGUAAUUGCUGGACCAAUCAGAGCUGUGAACACGAGGAGUUGUUUUUUUUUUUUUUGAAGACCUUUGUGCCGGUCACACAUUGAAUAAUCAGUGUUAUGGUGAAAAAAAUGCUUCAGAUUUUGACUAAAUUUUCAAAACUA